UUUCAAAAAGUGAUUCUACAUUCUUUAACAGGUGAUGACGGCGACUAUGGAGGUAUUCACAUCAAAUGCAUUUCACAGUAUAUGCAGCUUACCCUGGAAAAAGUUCACUAUAAAAAGAUAGAUCCCGAGAGCUUACGCUUAAGAGACCCAAGAUGUAAAGUUGCUUUUUACAACAAAACAAUCAUGGUCAUUCGAGCACCGCUAGGCAAUUGCGGUACAACGUCAGCGACCGAGGGCAAAUUAAUACGUUUCACUAAUGACGUUUAUGCGGAAGUGAGUGGAAGUUCGGCCAUUUCACGGGCUCCAGCGUAUCAGUUCCGUCUUGAGUGUCUGUACUACGCUUCUGUUAAAAUAUCAUUGCAUUCGUUCAAGGCAGAAGACACCAUUAUUGUAACUCCUACACCAGGCAAGUGUGCUCUUAAUAAUGUCUUUUCUUCUCUGAUAAAAAGAUUGCGAGCAAAGUGUCGACUCGGGAUGGAGUUAGCGAUUAGAAGUUGAAACUUCCUGAGACCAUCAUGCAAUCCCUUUCCCCACUUUACGGUACACUACCACUUCCACCACCCAAUCCCAGAGGCGACAGCUUGCUCAUAGGGUACUGGAUAAGUGAUGGUAAUAGGAUUGAGUGGAGUACAAUUCAGGGAGUAAUAAGACUUAAGUUUGUUAUUGACACAGUUACAGCUAUAAUAGCUUAGAGGUAUUAAAAUUCAAAUGAACUAUAAUGUACAGGGCUGCGUUCAGAGAAAGUUGAAGCCAAAACUAAAUUUUGGCCGUCAGCCUAAAUUUGACAUUUCUAUGGCAGUAAAAGUUAUGUCAAGGCACAUACGAGCCCACAGGCUCAAAUAGCGUAAGCUUAACGCGGCCUCAGAAGAACGGGGUACCUAGUUCCUCUAUCAAGUUCUCUCUCCGGAUUCCCAACCCUUACCGAGCGCCAUCGUAAUGUGGUGAGUGCGCACAUCUAUUGCGACGGGGAGGGGGGGGGGGGGGAGGCCGUUAAUCUUCUUUAAAAAGGGGGGGGGGGGGAAUUUAAAGGGGAUUAAGGGGUUACUUUUAGAAUAAAAAAAACGAUUUGUUUUUUUUUUUUUUUUUCAUUGGUUGAGUUCACCCCAUGUCAAAAACAUAAACAAAAUUGUGUAUUUGCUAGAAAAAAAAAAUUUAGAAGAGGCCCCAACCGCGCCACAGGGCAAAAACGCCGAACGAUAACCGCGGCCCAGAAAAAGGGGGUUCCCUUGUCCUCUAUCAUUGUUCCCCCCCGGAUCCCCCCCCCCUCCCGGGCCCCAAUGUAAGGGGGGGGGGGGCACACAUCUUUGGGGGGGGGGGGGGGGGGGGGGGAGCUCGUUAACUUUCCUUAAAAAGAGGGGCGGGUGGAAUUUAUAGAGGAUUCAAGGUCUACUUUUUGAAUAAAAUGAACGAUUUGUGUUUGUGUUUUUUUUUCAUCGGCUGAGUUAACCUCCAGUCACAAUCACACGGUUUUUAUUUUUUAAACCCACUUGCGUGCUGAUGAUCAAAGUUUGCUCGUCAUAUCGAUCUUUGAGUACUUUUCACUCCCUGCUUUCCUAACAGAAAUGAUCAGCACAUUUAUGAGACUAUGUACACAUAUUAUAAUAUGAUUUCUCGACUUUAUUUCAAGGUAUUGGAAAAUUUAAGUUUGAAACAAGCAUGUACCAGACAAACAAGUACAUCAGUAAGUACACACAGUUCCCCGUCAAAGUUCACCUUGGAGAAAGUAUCUACCUACAAGUCAACCUCAAAAGCAACCAAAGUGGUUUGUCUCUGCUACUGGAGAACUGCCGUGCGACACCAACUAAAAAUCCAAAUGAUACAACAUACCACACCUUGAUCAAGGACGGGUAAGCAUAAAAAGCUAGGAUGGUGUCAACUAUUCUUAGUCAAGUAAACUACAAAAAAUUAAUAAGAAAUAAUGGCCGAAUUUUAUUUAGCGCAGAAAAACUACAGUCGAAUCUCCUUGUGUGACCACUCCAGUAUACGACUAUCUAUCCUUAUGUUUAUUACACAACGGUGUACUCCUCGUAGAUAGCCAUUUAUGAGUGUAUGUUUGGCAAAGUUUUGAGAAAAGUGGGGAAAUCAGAGUGAGGAACAGUUGUGCAUGGAAAAGAGUUGAAUAUGGGGCUUAGCACCGAAGUACAGUGACUAGGGUUAAGCACUCUUUUCAAAACGGUUAGCUUUCAAUAAUGUAAUGAUCAAUGUCAUAUAAACUGAGUUAAAAUUAACCGAUGUAGGUAGUUAGCCCUUGAUGGUAGUAGAUACGGAUGUUGAUCAAACUUCAGAUGGUGCGGGUUCAAGUCCUACAUACUACCUACUGUUUUCUUCCGUUUUCUUUCUUCUCUUACUAACUAGUGCUUUAAGUUAUAAAACUCCUAUCAUGUGUUUUGAGUAAAGAUGACAGUCUGAUUUUAGGGUAUCCAUUCUAGUCACAACCAUUGAGGAUUCAACGAUAUUUUAUGUGGUAUUACAUUGCUUGAUGACGUCAUUUUACUUCAACUACCAGAAUCCUUCAAUUUGCUGUUUUGUUGUGCAAAUCAGAGUUAUUAUUUUUUAAAUUUCAGAGGGAUUGGCAAAUUUGAAUAAGAAAGCAAAAACGAAAUGAACUCUGAUAGUUGUAGUCAAACGUCGUCUUCGUGAAAAUGGCCUACUUACUAGAAUUCAGUAAAAUGUAAUACAACACCUCGCAUACUGUGAGGCUAUGCAGUUCACAAUAGAUGCUUGUGCAUCAGUAGACUGGAUCUGCGUACGCUUACGGGUCCCAGACAUGCUGGAACUGGGCCCGAAGCCCACAGUGCUAAGGGAGCAUUACUUGGAGGGGAUUCGAGAUUGGACUCUUGAUCUCAGAUCACCCGGAUGUGUUACGACAAGGCAAAUCCAAAUAAGAUUCUUUAGAAUCAAAAUAGCACGGCAAAAUUGCGUGAAGCGGUGGAAUGGGGCGGGACUCAUAUUUUCCAAAUAAGAGCGCUUUCCAGAAGUAUUUUUUUCGGAUCAGUAUCCCUAGAAAUGUGCGGAUCCUAAAUCCUAAAAACCUAGAUUUAACUGGGCCUUUUGUAGCUAAUAAAUGGAGCAUGACUUUAGAUUCAUAUCUUAAGUACAGAAAUGCGAAAUCAGCUUUUGGAUUCAUAAGUCCGGCUUUAGAAAUACUGUCCCCCAAAUAAACUAACGUAGAAAUUCCUUGGUUGUGUUUCAGAUGCCCAGUCGAUGAACACUUGAAUUACAAGAACUCCGAUUCUCCUUAUCAGCGAUUUAGUUUCCAGUCCUUUAAAUUCAACAACACUGAAGUAGUGUAUCUUCACUGUGAGGUAUACGUUUGUGCAAACAAUACCAACUGUUCAGAAGGCUGCACACAGGAACCAGGCAACAUUAGAAGGCGGAGAGAUAAGAGGAGCCCUUCUGAUCACAGGAGAUCCACGUCUUUACAGGGUGCAGUCAAAAUUUUAACGGAAAGAGUCCAAGGGGCGCCGUUACCGAUCGAUGAAGGUUAGACAUUACUAACUCAGAAUAUUUCCGUUAAGUUCAUCAUAAAAAGAUUAUUUAAAAUAGGGGAAGUACAACUGGUGCAAUGCGGGAAAGUUACAACCUAUGCAGUAAUGGAAAAGUCAGUUCAGAACUCUCUAAUUAUCUGCCUCUCUGAAUGACCUUGACCGCGCCAACCUUCAUGUGAAAGCGAGAACUAGGCUUCUGUUUGUGAAAACUGACGGAACUUUCCGUUCCUUUUACCCUGAACGUAGCCUGCGUAGCUGGCGGUAUUGUGUGGGUGCGAGAUUAAAGUUUUGGCGGCGGAGCUGUGUUCCAAAACAGGGAGUAGGGACGAGGCGGUUGACUAUAUUACAACGGCUCCGCCGCCAAAUCUCACUCGACUACUACACAAUACCGCCAGUUACGCAGGCUACCCUGAACGUGUUUUUGGCCUUGGGUUUUUGUUUCAGUGACAUGUGAGAUCUAAAGAUUGUUUUUGAAGCGGCCGUUCACAAUUUUUACAGUAGGCUUAGUUCUAUGUACAGAAACGUUUCAAUUCCGUAGUAUGAUUUAGAUAAGUAGCCAUGUCAGUACAGGCUAAACACAAGUUCAAUAUAAAGGAACAUUAUAAAACCAUCAAUCAAAUACCAGGUGAGUUUUGGCGCGUAAACAUGAUAUCUUAACAAGUGAAAAGGUCACCCUUGCUAAGGCUUCAUGUAAGUCGCUCCUUUUGCCGCAAAAUAUAAAUAAAUAAAUAAAGUUACAUUUGUCUUCUCAUGUUCAAAAAUACUUCACUACUAGAAUAGAAGUUUCAUAUCUCCGCGCGGCCAUGUAAUAUCCCCCAUUGUUAUAUAGCUGGAAAUUUCUGCUCAACAGCGCGCGGUCUCAUUGGUUACUUCGAGGUCACAUCAUAUCUAACAAUGAAACUGUUUCCCGCCAAAAUCUCUGAGCGGGUAACAUUGAAAAAAUCUAUGACGUCAGAGGGUAGCAAUGCAAUGUUACCCGCGAAUGUUGACCGAUGACCGCCGUUACAGCGAGGUUUAAUGAAUUUCCAGCUUCAAAAAAUUUUCAGCUAUAUAACAAAUUACUUUAAGACUUGUCCCUCGGGAAACAAUAAAUUUUGUUUCCCUCGAAUCGAGGGAAACAAAAUGAACUGUUUCCCUCGUGACCAGUCAUUAAGUGUUUAAUACUGUUUAUUGAGACUGGCAUUUUCUGAUCCUUUCAGGUUCUCGUUCCUACGCCCCUGUCGUAACAAUUGAGAAGUUACUUAUCCUCUUGACGUUCACUCUGGCAUGUUUCUCGGCGUUGUAA